GUGUUGCUUUAAGAGGAGGUGUCGGCACCCGUAGCUCCGCCCCGUCAAACCCCGGAUCCGGAAGCAUCAAGGGGGAAACCACGUGGGUGGAUCGGAGCGAUGGAGACCGAACAGAAGCGCUUCGAUUCUGGGGAUCUCCCUGCGCUGCGCCGGAUCCUGUGUGAGCAGGGACUGCUGUCCCGUCCUGAUGGCUCUGCCUCCUGGAUGCAGGGGGACACUUCAGUACUGGUUGGAGUGUACGGGCCAACUGAAGUCAAGGUCAGCAAAGAGAUCUAUGAUAAAGCUACCCUGGAAGUGCUUCUGAGGCCCAAAGUGGGUCUACCAGGUGUCUAUGAGAGAAGCCGAGAGCAGAUGAUCAAGAAGACGUGCGAGGCAGUGGUCCUGGGAACCCUCCAUCCCCGUUCCUCUAUUACGGUUGUGCUUCAGGUAGUCACAGAUGCCGGCUCUCUGCUAGCAAGCUGCUUGAAUGCCACCUGCGUGGGUCUGAUGGACGCAGGGCUACCCAUGAAGUCCUUGUUCUGCGGAGUGACGUGUGCUUUGGACGCGGACGGCAACAUCACCUUGGACCCCACAGCGAAGCAGGAAAAGGAAGCCCAGUCGAUCCUGACGUUUGCCAUUGACAGCACUGAGAAGAAGGUGUUGAUGUCGAGCACAAAGGGGACUUGUUCAGUGGAGCAGCUCCAGAAAUGCAUUGCCGCUUCCCAGCUAGCUUCUGACGCCAUCUUCCAGUUCUAUCGCGAUUCGGCUCACAGGAAAUACUCCAAGUGGUGACUCUUCACACGCACCCCCAAGUGGAACAGAGCAGAGGCUUGACCGCUUAAAAAUGACGCUACGUGGCGUUGGCUGGAUCAGCACCACCUCCCCAGCCUUCAUUCUCGCCCAUCCUUUGCUCCGAAAGGAGAGGUGCCGUUUGAUCAGGCUGCCGUUAACAGAGAUUGUGGAACGGGCUGUGGGUUAAGAUGGCAGGAUCCUGAAAAAGCUGGGCCUUCGUUGCCACGGGCUGAGUGCUGCGCGCUGUGGCGCUCCAUAUCUGCCCUCCCCGAGCACAUGGGUUUCCAGCUCUCUCACAUUUUGAUAAGCACGUGUCUCUCCCCCCCCCACACACACACUCCCCAAUGAAAGACAUUGUUUCCGCACAGAUUGCGAGGUGGCUGUCUCUCAGCUUGGCCUAGUUGUGAAGCCAAGUUCUUCCUUUUGGAUCCUCUGCUCUCCGCUUUGCCUAAAAUAGUUUUUUUUGUCUGUGUGGACAUUAAAGAACAUGUUUUCCUUUUCU